UCGGCAGAGGCUCGAGGUUCAAUAAGAUCACCUGCGGAGGAUCUCGUAGAGGAAGAGCAUUAAACAAUCCGGACACCAACCCCACUGAAACAUGAGGAAACCUUUAAUUACCUCUUUAUUCUUUACCUUUGUGUUUAUACGUCCAGUUUACACGACGUUUUCUGGCCUUCCUGAAGACUUGGAGGGAUCAGGAUAUGACCUGGAGAGUUCUGGUUCAGGGGAGGGGUCAGAAGAAGGUGGAAUUAUAAACAUCACGGUCGACCCCAGCAUCAAAGAUGUCAGAAUAUUUGCAGUGAACACCAAAGGGGGAACCCAGAAUACUGGUUCUUCAGACCUGAACUUUGACAACUCGCUCUGGUCUUCAAAAGACAGCGGAUUUGUCGUCAUGGCAAACAGCAAGAGUUUCUUGGAGAGAAAGGAAAUCCUUGCAGGUGUUAUUGCAGGAGGAGUCGCAGGAGUGAUAUUUGCAGCUGGGCUGGCUGGAUUAUUAAUCUACAAAUGGCAGAAGAAAGCUGAGGAAGGAUAUGUGCUGGGUCAGCAGAGGGCUUCAGAUGAAGAUUAUUACAGACACAACAGGGAUGAAAUUUUUGUUGUUUAGUGGUCCACAUGUUUUAAAAUCAAUGUUUUCUCAUUUCUGUACCAUGGGAAAUACUGUGUAUUAUUGGGGGGGGUGGGGGGGGGGGCUGCAUGGGGAAUGACAGUUAUCGUACUAAAUGAAAACAUCUCUGCUGGUUUUCAUUGAUAACUUAUUUAUAUUUAUGAUUUAAAAAAUGGGAGUUGUUUUUAUUCAACAACUAUUCCGCUGACUAUCUUUUACAAAGCCUACUUUGUUUGACUUAUGCCUGUUUAGACAUCCUCUCUGACUAGUGUGAGUAUACAGAAAAUGCUUUACAGCCCUCCCUUUUAAUGGUGGACAUGUUUGACUUGAUGACAGAGUACAUAAAUAAAUAAAUAAUGGGUGAAUACCAUUUAGCUACCUCAGGUUUUCAGGGCCCUGAUAAUGUGCGUGCCUUGAAUAGAAGAUUUUGAACGGAGAUAAUCAAGGUUAAUAGUCACACCUUUGCAUUUCCUACUGCGGCUCGUCCAAAUGUCUGCUGUGAAAACACCCCUUGACUUUUCCCUUCUGUUCCACAUAGGUGCCUUUCAAACACUCAAGCAUGACUAAUGACCUCAUUUUUAAAAAAAAUCCUGUGUAUAGUCCUGGUGAUACCAAAAUGAUUUGAUUCGCUAUGUUAAGUACGGAAACCUUGGUGUUAUACCCUAUUAUAGUUGAUUUGGCUAAUUUAUCCAUGAUAAAUGAAUAAACAAAUAAAAAUGAUGAGGUAAUGACAA